UGGCCCUAGAAUCUAGAUAAUAAUAUUAAUUUUAAAUUGUAUGAUAGGUCAAUUCAAUAGGUCAAUUCACUCUAAUAUCAAAACCAACAUCACACUAUAAUACUAGAAACUGGUGAACAAAAAUGUUCCAUGUACGUGAGCCGCAGAUAAAUUAUCUGAGAUAAUACCUACAUGCGGGUACGACAUCCUCUUAAGUAACACAAUAAAAUUCAAAAAUUAUAAAUAUAAUGGUCUUACUUAUUUGAGUUUAUUUAAAAAUUCCGAAAAUCAGAAUUUGGAUAAAUUCAUUAUUAAAGGAAAAAUUCGGAGUGAUUAUUCUUGGUGAAUCACCCCGUAUAUACCUAUAAUUCUAAUGACGAGUAUUAUAAAAUAUGUAAAAAUUAUAAUGUAGGUAAGUACUCAACGAUACUUUUCUGCAGUAGACAUUGAAAUCAAUUCUACAUGACUACACGUAAAUAAUAAAUAUGUUACAUAAUAUACGUAAGUACGUAACUAUGUGUCUAUGUAUAAGUAGAUAUAGUAUAUGUACGUAAUAAACAAAAAAAAAUGUAUUAUUUUGUUGGCAGCUGCAAUGAGUCUAGAUGCAAGUUAAUGAUGUAUAUAGGUAAUACUAUCAUGCAGUUGGCGAAUGACACUUGUUUAAAUACUCAAAACAGAAGGAAUAACGUGUCAUGCGAUAACACUUUUUCGUGUCAUAUACUCAUAUUGUAUUAUUGUAUUAAAGAAACUCUGUGUUAUUUUAUACUUUAGGAAGUUACCUACCAUUUUUGAAACAUUACAAUUAUAUUUAUGUAUAGUCAAUAAAUUAUUUUAUACUUAUCUAUAUCACCGGAUUACUAAAAUCAUGUUGAAUAAAGCGUCAUUAGCAAUCAAAUACUUGUUAUUUGUCUUCAAUUUGAUAAUAUUUUUGAGUGGAAUUUUACUAUUAACCCUUGGAUUAUCAAUUCGUAACGUUUACAACCAAUAUGAACAAUUUUUAACAGAGCACUAUUUUACUGUGCCAUCUCUGUUGAUUAUCGUCGGUCUCACAGUUCUAACAGUAUCAUUUUUUGGAUGCUGUGGCACAUUUAAGGAAAACAAUUGUAUGAUGAUCACCUUCGGAUUUCUUUUAGCAUCGUGUUUUAUAAUGGAAAUCGUAGGCGGUUUAGCUGGGUUUAUAUUAUUGGAAAAAACUCAUUCUGUAGUGACAUCAAAACUACACGAAACUAUGAUGUUUUAUAACAAAACAACGCACAUAACACAUAUAUGGGACGGACUUCAAACAUCUUUACAUUGUUGUGGAGCUGAGAAAUUGGACGACUGGUAUCCCAUACUUGAAAACCAAUUACCUAUGUCUUGUUGUGGAUCAUAUGAUGGAGCAAUAGAUCAUCAGAAUUGUACAGCAUCUGAACCAACUGUUUACCGACAACCAUGUUAUGUGUCGUUAUCAAAAAUUGUAAAAGAAAAUGCCAGUACGUUAAGUGGUGUUACUAUAGGAAUAGCGUUUUUGCAGUUGGUAGGUAUUAUGCUGUCAUGUUCAUUGUCAAAGUCUAUUCAAAAAAGCUAUAAACAAGUUUAAAAUCAUACGUACUAUUGAAUUAAUAAUGUCAACCUGGCAUCUAUUUUUCAACUAAUAAAUACUUUUUUUUAUAAAAAUAUAAAGAGAUUAAUAAUAUGUACAUUAGAAGAUAUUAUAUUUAUCUGUCAAUGAUAUAAACUUUAGUAAUAUAUGUUAAUGUGUUGUAUGUAUAAAUAAGUUUAAAAUAAUAAAUACCAAGCAGUAAUGUUAAUAAGAGUUUAUAACUAUUACCUUUACAUUAUAAUUAAUGUUUUGGUAUAAGGGCCAGAAUUACCAUCUCCCGUUAAAUUUAACCGACUCCUAGCCGACCGAAUUCGGCCAGUAAUAAAAUCUGUUAGCAGGUUAAGCGUAAUCGAAGCAUACCGAUGAUUGUAAUACUGGCCCUAAAAUGGUCAUUGGAUAUUUGAAUUUUGUAGAAAUUAAUUAAUUAUUAAUUUAAUUACUUAUAAUAUCAUAUUAUAUAUCAUGUUGUAUUCAAUUACAAUUUUCAUAGAUUUGGAAUGAAGAGGGAUGUUUCUGGUGGCUAUAAUAGUUAUAAUUUGUAAGACAUAAUAUUAUGUACUGAUUCUUGUUAACUAUAUUAUUGAUAAUAAAUUAUAAGCUAAAAUCAUGAAAAACACAUAUUAUAUUCAAAUAAAAUAUUACAUUUUUACCAAAAA